GGAUAGUCCGACUUCGGCGAGUGCCCAGACUCCGGUUCGGAAGAGCGUCUGCAGCCCAGGUCUGAGUCCCGGCUACCGGAUACCUCAUGCGCCGCGUGUGCUGAAGCAGCCCCGAACCCCAGACGCGUGCAGCCUCCACCCGAGAAACCAACCACAAUUCAGCGAGCAAAAGGCCAAACAGAUCUAUGGCACUCUGACAAUGAACAAGCGAUCACAGUUAUUGGAACAGCUGCAUUUUGUCCAUCUAAAAUGCACAUCUCGAGACAUGCCCUGUGUUCAGGCCCAGUACGGCCCUGGACCUCACGGGUCCAGCUACUCCACACAGUCCUUUGGUUACCAUGGUGACUACAGCGCUGACCUCAUGGCGACAGACUACGCGAAGUGUGAGCUCGGUGGGGGGGAGAUCUCUGCGGCGGCUGCCACCACUUCUCUCCCCAGUUUUAAUGUGUUUGUUGAGGGGGGCUUUGAGCCCAAACCGUCCUGCCUCUAUCAACUCCCUCCUCAACGCCCUAUCAUCAAGAAGGAGGAGGAGUCUUACCCACCCAUGGCACCAUCUGAUGAGGCAAUAGCUGGAAGCUCCAUGUACUUUAAGCAGUCGCCCCCUUCAACCCCCCCCACGCCACUUCACCCCGGCCCGUCCAGCAGCUCUUUCUUGUGGGACGAACACAGUCUUCCCCCUGUAUCCCAGCCAUGCCUGAUUGAAGGCCCGCUGAAGACCCCUCGUUUCCCUCAUUUCUACGAGCAGACGGCCCCACCCUCCACCAGUGGCUACGACGCUGCCAUCUGCCUCCCGCUGCGCCCCGAACGCUCUCCUUCGUCUUCAUCGUCACACGUGCCACCCAGCAUGGACACACACGCACUCUCCCAUACACACUCACACAUGUACCCACUGAACAUGGGUAAGCCAGGUGGCCUGGCGUUUCGCUCCCUGGGCAUGGGCCCAUGCCCGCCACUCCUGGGGGAGAGUUUGCCAUCACCCCCAAGUCGCACCAGCUCUGGAGAGGGUACCUGUGCGGUGUGCGGAGACAACGCAGCCUGCCAGCAUUACGGUGUGCGCACCUGUGAGGGAUGCAAAGGCUUCUUCAAGAGGACGGUGCAAAAGAAUGCAAAGUAUGUGUGUUUGGCCAGUAAAAACUGCCCCGUGGACAAAAGGAGAAGAAAUCGGUGCCAAUACUGCCGUUUCCAAAAGUGUCUCAGUGUAGGCAUGGUGAAAGAAGUGGUACGCACAGAUAACCUGAAGGGGAGGAGAGGUCGCCUGCCAUCCAAACCAAAAAGUCCACUUCAGUCCGAGUCCUCACCCCCAUCACCUCCUCUUAGCCUGCUCAAUGCGCUAGUUCGGGCCUACUCUCAGUCUACACCACGAGAUCUAGACUACAGUCAGUUCAGCGCGGUGGAGCCGGUGGGACUGUCUGAGUCUCAGCAGAUCCAGAUGAUCUACAGAGUGCUAACCGGCUCCAUGGAGGUGACACGCUGCUGGGCCGAACGUCUGCCUGGAUUCUCUGAGCUUCACCAUGAUGACCAGAACCUGCUCAUUGACUCGGCUUUUCUUGAGCUUUUCGUGCUUCGCCUCGCCAACAGGUCAUUGCUGGCAGAAGAGAAGUUUGUGUUUUGUACGGGCCUGGUCCUGCAUCGGCUGCAGUGUCUGCGGGGCUUCGGCGAGUGGUUGGACUCCAUACGAGACUUCAGCGCUCACCUGCAGAGUCUCAACCUUGACCUGCCUGCUUUCUCCUGUUUGUGCGCCCUGGUGCUGCUCACAGAACAAUGUCCUGGCCUGAAGGAGCCCAAGAAAGUGGAGGAACUGCAAUCCAAACUAAUCUGCUGCCUGCGAGAUCACCUGAGCUCGGUCGGGGCAGGAGGUGUGGCUUCCGCCGGCAAGGCCCCACCCUCCGUUGGAGCUGUGCUUGGCUUGAGAGCGGAGCUUCGAUCUCAGCGCACGCAAGGCUUUCAGAGGAUCUUCUACCUGAAGCUUGAGGACCUGGUCCCGCCCCCACCACUCAUCGAUAGGUUUCUGGACACUUUGCCCUAUUGAUGACCAUGCCCACUUUGAAUGCCACUGACACGCCCACAGUCUCACUCAGACACGCCCAAGCGGCUGUAAACUCAUUUUAUGGGGACAGAGCCAGUAGCCAAAAGUGACACUGAACUCAAUUUCCCACAAGUCCCCAGAUCCUCGGAGGAAAGGACUCCACGGUGUCUGAGGAGAAGAAAACAAACCGAUCAUAUAAGCGCUUUUAUUCUCUGCUCUGCGCCUGAUAGUGUAGAAAUGGGACAGGGAUGUAGCGUAUUUGUAUGACUGACAUAACCCUCAUUGGGAAGAGCGCAAGGCCUGUAGCUCAGCGUGUUACGUCAGGAGUAUUAUUGGUGCGAGAGUGUGUGCUUACAUGUGUGUUUGUGUGAGUAAGCAGACAGUCCGAAAGUUUCACCAAAAUCCACAUCAGUUGCGUUUAUUACUAAUGUACACUCAUAAACACAAGUGCACGCAAACUGUCCUUUCACACAUACACACAGACCUAAAAGCCAGCUUCAGAUGCCAGAUUAUGACAUAUCAACUGUUGUUGGCAGAUACAAAGUCGAUGUGUGUGUGAAAACACGUAGGAGUGUUUCUGAGGGAGGCUUUCGAGACACAAACAAAACGACAGAGUGCAUUAAUGUCCAGAAUCACAGUUGAUCACACCCCAAAAACCUGCAAACAAGUGCAAUUUACUAAGUGCUAUUGUAAACGAAAAGAGAGCGAGUGUGUGUGUGUGUUUGCGUGUGCGUGUGUGUGUGUGUUCCAGUCCUAUUUCAAACUCUAAAUUAUUUUAAUACUAAGACUCGCCUUUUAAGGUAAAGGUUUCAAAUUGAGUUGAUUUAGCCCAGUCUGCGCACUAACUUUUUAAAGACGAAGUUCCACAGACUUGAAAUUACUAUAGUGUGUUUUUUUAUUAUCAAAAACCAAGGUAUUUUAGGGGUAGGAUAACGGAUUAAAAUUAUUAGAAGUAGAAUUGGGGCUUUGAGCACUUAAAUAACGGGAAGAAGAAGAUAAGAGAAGGAGGGGGGGAGAGAGGGGUUCAGCGAGAGGACGGGUUGGAAUGAAACAUUCCGCGUUCAUGCUCAUUUUUGUAUGUUUAUAAUGUCUACCCCAUUUAUUAAAAUGAAGGACAUUGUUGCAAAAAUGUCUUUUUUUAUGUACAAAAAGUCAAAUGGAUUAUAUGCAUGGUUUUCUCCUCGCCGCUGCUUGUAUUUAUUUUGCAAAGACUGCUGGCUCUACAAGGGCUCGUACACAUUUUCUGACCGGGCGUAAUCGCUUACUGUACGAUACGGCAGCAGUUUCAACAGAGUACAGAUUAUACAUAUAUAAAUAUAUAUAUAUACACAAUACAAAACUAAUAUUUUGAAGUGUUUUUAUCUGAUAGCUUUUUCAAAUCUUGUGGUACCAGUUGUGCAUUGUUUUUUGGAGAAGAAACAUGAAAAAAGGAAAAAAAGGUUUUGUUUUUCAAUGUCCCUUGAUUUUAGUUUAUAGUUUUGUUUUUUCUUUUUGGUUCACUGGAGGCUCUGUUCAGCACUUUGAAAUCAUAAAAAACCCUUCUGAC